GACCGGUUAUGAACGUUCCGUCGAUGCAGGGAUUGAUCAUUGAUGGAUCGAUUGAUUGCCUGGGCUCCAAUUUUUAUUUUUUUUUUCUUUUAAAGAAGGGGUGGGGGGUGAUUAUUGCUUGCUGCUUCGCGAUAUGUAGAAGACGGCUUAUCGGUCUGGAGGUGAAAGAUAAAAAACAAAAAUCCCACGGGGGUUCUUUUUCUUUUUGGUCUCUUCGAUGUCAAUUUGAUUUCAUUUCAAUUCAUUCAUUCAAUUUACAAGUCGCCUGAUCGAGAGGUGUGUGUAUACGAAACAUGGCUCAUUCUACUGCUUGCUAUCUCCCCAAGUUUGGCUCUGCUCUCAAUGCAUCCAAACGGCCAGUUUCGACGAGGGCGAAGACAACAGCCGCCCAGAACUCUCAAUUAGUAUCGGCGUGGAAUCAGGGCGAAUUGAGCUCGCUGCUACAGGCUGCGUGGGCCUUGGUUCUUCAUCAUUAUACUGGCAAUGAAGAUAUCUCGUUUGGCUACCAGCCCGAUGCUCCUUCGCCAGAUUCCGCGACACCCUCGAAUACUGCGAAUCUCUCUACUGUCGGGAUUACAAUUGACGAAGAUGAUUCUAUCAGAUCAGUUGUAGGGAAAGUGAAGGAGAGCGCAACAGAGCGCAAUGGCGACGACACAAUAAGCGGAGCUCAGGACUUGAAUCUUGACCAUUACAACACCAUUUUGAUGCUGCGAAACUGUAGUAAUUCCUCGCAGAAUGCAUCACUUUUUUCUGUUCAACCCGCUUUAGCAAUCACACUACCAGAAGAGUGCCGCCUACGACUGCACGUCAAGGUUCUACAACAAAGCGUCGGCAUUUUCCUGGAAUCGUGGAACCACGACACAUCAACCGAACAAGUCAAGAGCAUCGCCGGCCUCUUCGAGCAAUUUCUCGCCAAGAUCCUUUCCGGAGACGACACCGUCCUUAUUAGCGACAUUAAUAGUUUCUCCGAAAGAGACUGGCGCCGAAUUAGCAAAUGGAAUGCCUCCAUUCCUGAAACCCACGAUUACUGUCUUCACGACGCCAUCAAAGAACAUGCAUCAAUACGACCCGAUGAAGAGGCGAUUUGCGCAUGGGAUGGAAGCGUCACGUUUGCGGAAUUGGAUCGCAUGGCGAGCAAAAUCGCUUGCCAUCUUCAGAUGCGCGGCGUGGGGCCGGAGGUCCGCGUAGGCCUCUGUUUUGAUAAAUCGAAAUGGUAUUCGAUUGCAAUGCUGGGUGUGCUGAAAGCUGGUGGUGCCUUUGUGCCUCUUGAUCCGACUCAUCCCACAUCUCGGUUGCAAGCCCUGGUGAAGUCGGUAGAGGCAAAGGUUAUCCUUUGCUCUGAGAACCGUGCAGAAUAUCUGAAAACGAUUUCUGACGCUUUGACACCACUGGGAGACAAUGCCCUGGAUGCACUUCCAGUGCCCUCCGACAGAGCUGAACCUCUACCCGGAGUGAAGAGCUCAAACGCAGCCUAUGUUUUGUUUACAUCGGGAUCUACCGGAGAACCAAAGGGAACUUUGAUUGAACAUAGGGCGUUUAGCUCUAGUGCAAGAGCACAUGGGGCGCGCUUUGAUCUUAUUCCAGGAACGAGAUGUAUUCAGUUUGCGGCACAUACUUUCGACGCGAGCAUCAUCGACAUCAUCACCGUGUUGAUGCAUGGUGCCGUUGUCUGCGUGCCCAGUGAAGAAGCGCGCAUCAACGACAUCACCACGGCGAUGAACGAGAUGAGGGUCAACUCUGCCAGUCUUACACCCUCAUUCGUUGGAUUCAUUGACCCGGAAGACGUGCCCGGAUUGGAAAUUCUCGUCCUGGCCGGAGAGGCCAUGUCUCCAUCGCAUCUGGAGACCUGGUCCAAAAUUAACCUCAUCAACGCAUAUGGUCCCACCGAGGCUUCUGUUGCCGCGGCUAUCAAUACCCACCUCACCCCGGAGUCGGAUUGUAGGGAUAUCGGAUCCCCUGUUGGUGCGAGAAUCUGGCUUGUUAACCCCAAGGACCACAAUCAGCUUGUCCCUGUUGGCUGUCCCGGAGAGAUGCUCCUGGAAGGCCCGACUCUUGCUCGGUGCUACGUCAACAAUCAGCAAAAGACCGACGAUGCCUUCAUCUAUGACCCUGCCUGGGCGAAAACCGAUGGAUCUACUACUCCGCGACGAUUUUACAAAACUGGCGACUUGGCCCGGUACAACUCUGACAAGGGAACACUGGCAUAUGUUGGACGAAAAGAUACCCAGAUCAAGUUUCACGGCCAAAGAGUUGAACUGGGAGAGAUUGAGAGCCAUUUGAGCACUGAUCCGAGUGUCAAGCACUCUCUUGUCCUCCUUCCUAAAACUGGAUUUGCCAACGGCAAGCUAGUCGCAAUCACCUCUUUGAAGAACCAGACCGGAGAUGUGGAGGCGUUGAAGCUUGUGCAGCAGUCGAGAAAGUCCGAUUUCGUACCGGAGGCGCGUGAAAGAUUAGCCUCUCGACUCCCCGGUUACAUGGUUCCAGGUGUCUGGUUGUGUGUUGAAACACUGCCUAUGCUUGCAUCUGGAAAAUUGGACCGGAAGACCAUCGCAAACUGGGUGGGAAGUAUGGAGACAGACCCAGAUCUCCAGGCUUCAGGCCCCGUUUCGAACCCCGGUGGCAGUCUCCCUGCGAACAGUGUUGAAGACCAGCUUAUUUCUAUUUGGAGCCGUGUUUUGAACAUCCCCAAAACCCACCUCGAUAUGCAUGCCAGCUUUUUGAGUCAAGGUGGAGAUUCAAUCGCGGCUAUCACAUGCAUGGGCCACUGCAAGAAGCAAGGGAUCGCACUGACAGUUGACGAUGUGCUCCGCAGCAAAUCGAUCAAGGAGCUUGCAGCACGCGCCAAGACUAUUGACAGCCAGAUUGUCUAUGAAGAAACCGUUGAGCAGCGAUUUGAUCUGUCACCUAUUCAAAAAUUGCACUUCCUGGUUCGCAAGGAAGGACAGGGUCAUUUCAACCAGGGAAUCUUGACUCGGUUGAACAAGCAGAUUAAUGAGGCUGAUCUGCUCCGUGCUGUCGAAACCCUCAUUACACGCCAUUCUAUGCUCCGGGCUCGGUUUACUGAAAAUGGCGAGGGAAGCAUCCAGCAGCGUGUUACCGAUGAUAUUACCGGUUCUUACCGCUGGCGUGUGCACAAUGUUAGCUCGCAGGAGCAGGUUGAGCAAGCAGUUGCGGAGAGCCAAUCUUCCAUCAAUAGCUUUGUUGGCCCGUUGCUUACUGUCGACUUGCUCCAUAUGGAUGGAGACAGCAGCCCUCUUCUGUCUAUGGUUGCUCACCAUUUGGUUGUUGAUAUCGUUUCAUGGCGUAUUAUUCUCGAAGACUUGGAGGAUUUGCUUCUCAACCCUCAGGAGUCGGCAUCGCAGAAUUGCUCUUUACCGUUCCAGGCCUGGUGUCGUUUGCAAGCUGAGCAGAUUCAAACCUUGAAUGCUCAGAAUGCGAUUUCACUGGAACAGAUUCCGGCUCCGGACUUUGCCUUCUGGGGAAUUGAAAACCGCCCGAUCAAUUAUGGUGAUGUGGACUGUGAGGGGUUCGAGAUCGACGAAGAAACCACUUCCCUGAUUAUGAUGCAGUGUCAUGAGAGUCUUCAGACUGAGCCAAUUGAUCUUUUCCUCGCUAUGCUCUUGCACUCUUUUGGACAGACUUUCACCAACCGCUCUUUGCCGGUGAUUCACAAUGAAGGACACGGUAGAGAGCCUUGGGACUCGAGCAUCGACAUUUCGCGUACCGUUGGUUGGUUCACUACGCUGUAUCCGGUUUCCGUCCCGGCAAUUGUCUCCAACGAUCCCGCUGAGGCUGUGAUGCGCGUCAAGGAUAUCCGCCGAGCUGUUUCAGACAAUGGACGCCAGUACUUUGCGAACCGCGUGCUCACCGAUGGAGAAGAUGGAACAUGCCAACACCACCGCCCGAUGGAAAUAUCCUUCAACUACGUCGGUCAACACCGUGAUUUGCAGCGCAAGGAUGGUCUUUUCCAGCUUGUCCAGCAGAUGGCCGGAGAGACUGGUCGUGGUGGAGGUGCCGCAGACUUUGGUGCUGAAACUCCACGGUUUGCGCUCUUUGAGAUCUCUGCGAUGGUUGUUAAGGACCGAAUUCGGUUCAUUUUCUCUUUCAACCGAUUCAUGGAACACCAACAGACUAUCCGGGAGUGGAUCUCUUGUUGCCAGGGCAUGCUGAAGUCGGCUGCUGAGCAGAUGCAAUCUCUUGCGCCACGUCCUACGCUGAGCAGUUUCCCUAUGCUCUCCUUGACUUAUGGCGAUCUUGAUACCAUGCUGGCGAAGAAGCUGCCUAGCAUUGGUGUUGAAUCCUUGGAUCUUAUCGAGGAUAUCUACCCUUGCUCAUUUAUGCAGCAGGGUAUUCUGCUUAGUCGCUCUAAGGACAGUUCCCUCUAUGCGGUACAUGACACUUUGGAAGUGAAGGGCAUGGGAAGACACAAGCCCGAUCUUGAUCGAUUGACACUUGCCUGGCAAAAGGUUGUUUCGCAUCAUGCGAUGCUGCGAACUGUCAUUGUGGAGAAUUUGACCAGCAAGGACCUCUUUUCCCAGGUUGUGUUCAAGUCUUUUGACUCGCCGCCAGCUUUCAUUCAGUGCGUGAACGAUAGUGAUGUUUUGUCUGCGUUUGACAGUCAGGAGCCUACGGAUUACAACCAGAACUGCCCUUCUCAUCGCCUUACUAUCUGCCAAACUGCUGCUGGGAAACUGUUCGUUAGGCUCGAGCUUAGCCAUGCUGUCAUGGAUGGUACAUCGAUUUCUAUCAUUCUUCGUGAUCUGCAGCUUGCAUACUCUUCGAAGCUUGAGAAGUACCCCAAGCCACUGUUCAAGAACUUCAUGCGUUACCUGCAGGACACCCCGCAGAAGCCUAGCAUGGAUUACUGGUGCUCCUAUCUGCAGGGUAUCAAGCCUUGUCACAUGCCUGUGUUGAAUGACGGCAAGGACGUUACCAAUUCUCUUCGCUCAAUUCGGUUGAACUUUGGUUCUUACCGUAAGCUUCAGAAGAUCUGCGAGGCUACUGGUACCACCCUCUCGACAGCUUUCAAUGCCGCCUGGGGCCUUACACUGCGUUCUUUCUGUGACUCCGAUGAUGUGUGUUUUAGCUACAUGGUGUCUCUGAGAGAUGUGCCCGUUGAGGAGAUUGAGUGGAUGGUUGGACCCACCAUCAACAUCAUGGCUUGCCGAAUGAAUGCUUCUGGAAACUCUUUGCUCAAGGAUGUUUUGCACCAAGUGCACAAUGACUACGUCGAGAGCUUGCCUUACCGAACUGCCUCCCUCAUUGACAUCCAGCACACGUUGAAGCUGUCCGAUACCAAGCUGUUCAACAGUGGUGUGUCAUACCGAAAGCUUCCACCCAAGAACAGUAGUGGUCGUAACAGUGAAAUCGAAUUCUCCGAAAUUGGUUCGAUUUAUGACCCCGCUGAAGCUUCCGUCUUUGUCAAUAUUGAAGUCGCGGAAACUGAUGCACAGAUUGAGCUCAACUACUGGACUACGGCUUUGUCGGACGGACAGGCUGAGAAUGUUGCCAGUGUUUUCAUCCAGGCUCUUAACAACAUCAUUGACCACCAGGAUCAAGAGAUCGGCCGACUUGAUGCCUUAAGCCAGACGCAUAAGGCGCAGAUUGCGGCAUGGAAUAGCCACAUGGCCCAGGCUGUUGACUACUGCAUUCAAGACAUCUUCGAUGAAAAGGCACAGUUGCAACCGGCUGCAUCUGCGAUCAUCACUUCGGACAGUGAGUUCAGUUAUUCUCAAGUCAAUGAGCUCUCUUCCUGCCUCGCAAGCUAUCUGGCCAUGGUUGGAGUGGCCGAGGGAAGUCUGGUUCCGAUUUCCUUCGACAAAUCCGCCUGGGCGGUCAUCUCGAUGCUGGCAGUCUUAAAGGCAGGAGGUGUCUGUGUUCCCAGGGAUACUGCUCAAUCCCAGGAUGCUCUUGAUGAAUGGUUAGUCGAUAAUGAUGUGCAGGUUGCGCUUGCUUCUCCGCAUAGGGCUCAGUCGCUUGAGGGAAUGUUCCCCUACGUUAUCCCCGUGGGCGAAUCGCUUUUCAAGUACCUCCCGGCUACCGAGGGUAUUUCCUAUCAUUCCAGCCAGCCUUCUGACAUUGCCUAUGUGGUUUAUACUACUGGUAGCUCUGGCGAGCCUAAAGGUGUUGUGCUCGAUCAUUCUGCUGUUUUGACUCGAGCGGAAGCCUUUGCAUCAUCUCUUGGAAUGGACAAAGCGACAAAGAUGUUCCAAUUCGCUUCCUAUACUUCUGAUAUGUUCUUGCAAGAAGUCUUUGGAACGUUCAUGAAUGGUGGCUGCAUCUGCGUCCCGUCUGGUAAUGACCUGAAGCACCUGGCUACAUCGAUCAACAAGUUGCGAGCCAACUCCAUCAGCCUUUCUCCAUCGAUUGCGUCUAGGCUUCAGCCAUCGGACGUACCCCAGGUGCAGACUAUUGCAUUGAGUGGUGAACGCACAACCAGGAGAACCAGAGACGCCUGGGGAGCCAAGGUUCGAUUCCAUACUCUGUACGGAGCAUCGGAAUGUUCCUCCAGCGCCAUCCACAACUCGGAUUCGGGCGUUAUCAACGCAACGCAGAAGAUUGGAUCAAGUGUUGGAUGUAUCAACUGGCUUGCCGACCCUUCGAACCACAACAUCUUGGUCCCCGUCGGCUGUGUUGGUGAAAUUCUUAUCGAAGGCCCCGUCCUUGCCCGCGGCUACUUCGGCGAUGGAGACGAUGUUGAAGGCGAUUUCAUCGAAGACCCUACAUGGAUUUCGGACUUCCCGUGCGAAGAAGUCGAUGGAAGUCGCCGCCUUUUCAAGACUGGAGACCUGGCUCGCUACAACUCAGACGGCUCCUUGGUUUACGUCGGAAAGAAAGGUAAGGGAACCCAAAGUGAAUUGCUGAUUGAUACAUGGCAGGUCGCGAAUCGCAUCGACACGUUUUUGCCUUCAAACAACCAUUGCGCCGUGGAAUCUAUCACUUGCGACGGCAACCGGUAUCUGGUUGCCUUUGUGCUCGAGACCGGCUACUCUAUGUCUAUGGAAACUAAAGGAUUCAUUCAACCGUCGUCGCCCCGUUUCCACGAACUUGCCUCCCGUUUGCACACUCACCUGAUGAGUUAUUUGCCCUCCGACAUCGUCCCCAGUAUCUACAUCCCUAUUUCCUCGAUGCCCUUGACGCCCCUCGGCAAGCUCAACCACCAGGCCUUCAGGGAGGAAUUCCAGAAUCUCUCCGUUUCCACUCGACUCGAAUUUGAUAUUGAAAAAUGUAAUGAAUUUUGGCGAUCCGCUUUGGCCAAUUCUAAGUCAUCGCCCUUCCCGUCAUUGCCCACCGAAUCCUACGCAGUUUCUGCCACUGGCAAACUGGAACGCAACAUUCAGGUUUCGUGGCCUGGUGCAAUUACCUCCAAUGAGGAAGGGCCUAGGUCUGCCAUCUUUGCCGCUUGGGCUCUGACUCUCUCUUCCUUUACUGGUUCUCAUGAUGUUACUUUCGGAGAACGGUUCGCAGGAGUGCCCGCUAUCCCUCGGAGAUUUAACCUUGAAGGUCAAUUGACAGUUAGCGAGUUCUUGAAGAAGACGCACGAACAUCUUCUUGCUGCUGCGCCCUACGAAAAAGCCGGUCUUCAGCGUAUCAAGAGCCUUAGCGCCGAUGCUGCGCGUGCCUGCAAAUUCAACAACGUGCUUUCAGUUUUUGAGACAAAGGACAGCCUGAAUGCCGAUUCCACACUCAAGGAAACAGCACGCGCAUACCCCCUCGCGGUGGCCUGUACCAUUGAUGAAUCUGAGAUCCAAUUGAAGAUUUCUUACGACCAAAAGGUGCUGCCAGCCUCUCGGGCCGAGAGAAUCACAACUCAAUUUGUGAACUGCAUCAAGUAUUUCGGUUCCAACCUUGACGAGAAAGUUACGAUCGGUGAAAUGGACUGCCUGAAAAACUCAUUCGCUACUCACAUGGCUUACUGGAAGGAAUCUCUGGCCAACAUCGAGCCUUGUAUUUUCCCAUCUCUUCACCACGGUGCAACUGAAAGCAAAUUCGACACAACCAAGGUGGUUCUCAGAAGGGGGGCUGAAAUUUAUGCCUUCUGUCAAAGAACGGAAAUGUCUCCCAGUCUACUCUUCCAGGUUGUUUGGGGCCUGGUGCUCCGAUGCUAUGUCGGUGCCUUGGAUGUUUGCUUCGGUUACUACUCCUCGGACAAAGAAACUGCCAGCGAAGUUGAUGCAGAAAAGCCCAUGGAUGUCCUCGUGUGCAAGUCCCAUCUGGAGGACUGCAUGAAACUUGAAGAGGUUCUCCAGAAGAGCCAGGCUGAUUCCGACAAAAUGGCGGCACAUCCAAUCCCGCUUACUGAAAUCCAAGACGAGCUUGGUCUUCAGGGCACGGCCUUGUUCAACACCGUUCUCAAUUACCGAGAGCUUUCGGACUCGAAUGUUGCUGAUAAACUUGAUCCAAGUUUUUACGCAAUCGUUGUCAACGCGCAGGCUUCAGAAACCUCUGCAGAGAUUGACUUUGGUUACUCCACUGGAAGCUUCUCCAAGGCCAACAUCAGUAACAUCGCCGACGGUUUUGAGCAGAUUGUGCACAGCAUUAUCGAUUGCAACCCCGGGCUUUCUGUCAUUGGCGAUCUUGAAUUUAUCGGUGACCGUGGCUGUGAGCAAGUGCGAGAAUGGAAUGCUACGCUGCCUGAGAGAGUCGAGAGAUGUGCUCAUGAGAUCAUUCAAGAACAAGCGUCAAGAUCUCCAUUGGUAGCCCCUGCCAUUUGCUCUUGGGAUGCAAACUUUACAUACACGCAACUUGAUACCAUCUCAAGUCGUUUGGCACAUCACGUCGCAGCACUUGGUGUCAAACCUGAAACAUUCGUUGCCCUAUGCUUUGAAAAGUCAGCCUGGGCCAUUGUCUGCCAGCUGGCGGUGUUGAAGGCUGGUGGUGCAUUUGCCAUGCUGGACCCAACUCACCCCGAAGCACGAUUGAAGGCCAUGAUUGAAGACCUUGGCUCGAGUAUUGUCUUGUGCUCUGAGAAAUACCAAGAGAAAGCCGCUGAGAUUGCCGACAUUCCGUUUGUUGUCAGUGAAAAUACAGUCAACCAGCUCUCGGAUCUCCAGCCUACUUCGCCGUUUGUUGCCCCGACGCCUUCCAAUGCAGCAUAUGCCAUUUUCACCUCUGGAACAACCGGUAAACCGAAGGUGGUAGUCAUUGAGCAUGGCUCGCUGAGCUCACUGUCUAUCCAUAAUCGUACUGGCUUCGGUUUCUACUCGGGCACCCGCUCCUUGCAGUUUUCAAGUUACACAUUUGAUGUCUGUAUUUUGGAAACAAUCGUCGUCCUCAUGACUGGUGGCUGUAUCUGUGUGCCUAGCGAAGAAGAGCGCAUGAAUGAUAUAGUCGGGGCGAUUCGAAGAAUGGAGGCCGACUUCUUCACCGCGCCAGCCUCCAUUAUAUGCACUGUCAACCCGAAAGAUGUCCCAACAAUUCGCACUGUUGUAAUGGGAGGAGAGAAAAUGAUGCCAGCCCAUCUUGAACACUGGAGUGAAAGACGGGUGAUGAACUCAUAUGGCCCAGCGGAAGCUACCGUUUGGGUGACAAUCGACUGGAAAUCUGAUUUGGAUGGUAACCGCUUGAACAAUGACUGCAAUACCAUCGGCCGUGGUGUUACUGGCAGAACAUGGGUUGUCGACCCACACAAUGUCAAUCGCCUCCUGCCAAUUGGUGCUGUUGGCGAGCUUGUUGUUGAAGGCCCGGGUGUCUCGCGUGGGUACCUCAAUAACGAACAGAAGACCAAGGAAGCGUUCAUUGAGAGCCCCGAAUGGACUAGACACAGCUCGCUGCAAAGCAUCUUCGUCCGCAAAGACCGCAUGUACCGAACAGGAGAUCUUGUUCGUUGCAACCCCGAUGGAACAAUCGCUUUUGUUUCGCGCAAGGACACCCAAGUCAAGAUCAACGGCCAGCGGAUUGAAUUGGAGGAGAUCGAAUAUCAAUGUGCUCGUUGUCUCCCGGAGGGUGCUCAGGCGGCCAUCGAGAUCGUUGUUCCUGAGACCAAAGCUGUAGCAAAGGCUGUGGCAGCUUUCUUUACCGUCGAUGAGCGAGAGCUUCGAGAGGAUACCGUCCGGGAAGGUGCCGAUGGCCAAUUGCUGCUGCCAAUGUCUGAAUCCAUGUUUACAAUUGUCAAGGAGCUCCAGAACUCGUUAGCCGACGUCCUUCCCUCGGUCAUGAUCCCCAAGAUGUUCUUCCCAGUGCGACGCCUCCCAUACACCAGUUCUGGCAAAAUGGACCGAAAGGGACUUCGUGGUAUGGUCCAGUCUCUGAGCAAGGAUCAGUUGAGACCCUACAUGACAUUCUCUGCCGGGUCCACCCAAGUGUCCGAUGAGGGCAUUGAGGGUCAGCUUCGGGGACUAUGGGAAGAGGUUUUGGAUCUCACGCCAGGCUCAAUCAAUGCCGAAGAUAGCUUCUUCGGCCUUGGUGGUGACUCCUUCUCGGCCAUGAAACUUGUUGGUGCUGCCCAGUCCCACGGCAUUUCGCUGAAGGUAGCCGACAUGUUCAAAUACCCAAUUUUCAUGGACAUGGCGAAGCAAUGUGACACUUCUGGGGCGGCCGGAACCAAGCCAAUUGUUAUCAAGCCAUUCAGUCUUCUGCCCGCCUCAGCCCCCGUUGAACAGAUCCUUGAAGAAGUUGUCGAAGAGUGCGAAGUUCCCAGAGAGUCAAUCAUUGAUGCAUACCCAUGCAGUCCGGUGCAAGAAGGACUCAUUACUCUGUCUGUCAAGCAACGUGGAGCCUAUAUCGCCCAGCCAUUGUUCCGUCUCGCACAGUCAGUCGACCUCGACCGAUUCAAGGCUGCUUGGCAACAAACCGUGAAUGAAUUGGAUAUUCUGCGGACACGGAUCGUGCACACUGAUUCCGCCAAGUUUGUCCAAGCCGUGCUCGAUGAAGCCCCCAUCUCUUGGCUCUCUGCAAAAUCGGUUGAGGAGUUACCUGCUGACAUGGUUGAUCUUCCCAAGCACAACGGUGGAUCUUUGACAGCCUAUGCGAUCAUUGAAUCAAAGCCUCUUGACUCUCGCUACUUUGUGUGGACGGUACACCAUGCGCUUUACGAUGGCUGGAGCGUGCCACUGGUUCUCAAAAAGGUGGAAGAGAACUAUCUUGGAUCGCUUCCCAAGAGCCCGGUGGCUUCGUAUGGACUGUUCAUUGACUAUCUUCUGAAACGAGAUGCCAUCCAGUCAGAUGAUUUCUGGAAGUCGUAUCUCUCCAACCCCACGUCUUCCCAGUUCCCACAGAACACGAACUCGAUGCCCAACGCUGUCCGCGCAGGAAACAGCCACCACCGCAGCAUUGAACUCUCCCGACUUACGAAUGGCGUGGACCUGACCAUGCCUGAGCUCAUUCGUGCGGCCUGGGCUAUUGUGGUUUCCAUCCACACCGGCUCUGGCGAUGUUUCCUUCGGUGAAACUUUGAUGGGCAGGAACAUCGACUUGCCUAGUGUUUCAGACGUGACUGGACCUGUCUUGACAACUGUCCCCACUCGUAUCCAGGUGGAUAAUGCAGUUACGGUCACUCAAUAUCUUCAAAGUGUGCACAAGUUGACAACCGAUAUGAUCCCCCAUCAGCAUUCUGGGUUGCAACAUAUCCGGAAGCUCAGCAAGGACACAGCCUUUGCCUGUGAAUUCCAAAACCUGUUGGUUAUCCAGGCGGAUGACAGCCAAUCUGAGGAUGCUCUGUGGGUAACCGAAGAAAAUCGAACAACCAGAGAGUUCUUUACUCAUCCGCUUGUCGUCGAAUGCAAACUUGGCAAGUCGGGAGUCACGACUACUGUCCAUCAUGAUGAGCUCGUUCUCAACAGCUGGCUGGCACAGAAACUUGCGGAUCAGUUCAGCUUUGUGUUGAAGCAACUCGCCGCGAUUCCCAAGGGCGAUAUCAGAAAGCUAGGCGAGUUGGAUGUAUUCUGCCCUCAAGACAGAGAAGAAGUUUCCCUGUGGAAUGGCCACGAGCCUGUGCGAGAUGACAGGUGUCUGCACGACAUCAUCGAAGGGAAAUACCUUCUUCGGCCUAAUGCCCCGGCAGUAUGCUCUUGGGAUGGUGACCUGACAUAUCGGGAAUUGUUCGAAACUGCCUCCUCUUUUGCAGCUUACCUUAGGUCUCGAGGAGUUGGUCCGGAGGUCCUUGUACCGGUUUGCCUAGACAAGUCUGUCUGGGCUAUUGUCACAAUAAUUUCCAUCUUAAUUGCUGGCGGAGCGUUUGUUCCUAUGGAUCCUGUUCACCCAACAUCGAGACACGAAGAAAUCCUGGGUGAAGUCAACGCCAAGCUGGUUCUCUGCACGCCGAAAUACAGCAACCGGUACGCCAACGCUGCCAAAAUUAUCAUUCCUGUCAGUAAGGAAACCAUCAAAGCCUAUGGGGCGCUUACUACAAAUGCUACAAACUUCACCCGUGCUACGCCGACAAACGCUGCAUACGCUAUCUUUACUUCGGGAAGCACAGGCCGCGCUAAAGGUAUCAUCAUCGAUCACUUCGCACUCGCAAGUAGUGCUAAAGCGUUUGGUCCCAUCGUGGAUUUGGAUGAGAAAUCUCGCAUCUUCCAAUUCGCGUCUCUUACGUUUGAUGCAGCAGUCAUGGAGGUUCUUGCCACCCUCAUGUACGGAGGUUGUGUCUGCGUUCCAAGUGAAGACGAACGUUUGAACGAUGUUGCCGGCGCUAUUCGACGUAUGAAGGUUACGUGGAGUUUCAUGACCCCCUCAAUUGCUAGCAUCAUUGAGCCGUCUUCAGUGCCUACUCUGAAGAUUCUUGUUGUUGGUGGAGAGAAGAUGUCGCAGGAGGUAAUUACUAAGUGGGCAGACUCCCUGAAGCUCGUGAAUGCAUAUGGACCAACAGAAACAUCGGUUUUCGCUACUUUGAACACCGAGGUCUAUAGGCAACGUGAUCCUGCUGCCAUUGGCCCUGGAAUCCCUUCGACCCUGACUUGGAUCGUUGACGCUGACAACCACGAUCGCCUUACUCCGGUGGGUGCUGUUGGAGAAUUAGUCCUGGAAGGUGCUACUCUUGCCAGAGAAUACCUCAAAAACCCAGCUAAAACAGCCGAGGCAUUCGUCAAUGAUCCCGCGUGGACCUCCAGCUUCCCCUCAAGUAUGCCUCUCCCAAGACGGAUCUACAAGACUGGUGAUCUCGUCAAGUACAGACCAGAUGGUGGCCUCGACAUCAUUGGUCGCAAAGAUCACCAGGUCAAGCUUCAUGGUCAGCGAAUGGAGCUUACAGAAAUCGAACAUCGUCUGUACGAAGAUAAUCGCGUUCGCCAUGCCGUUGUUAUCAUGCCAAAGACAGGUCCUCUCAAACAUCGACUCGUCACUGUUCUGUCCAUGAACUCUAUAUCAACCGGUAAGAGUCUCAUGUCAGUCGAUACCUGUGAGCUUGUUAGCGAAGCAGAGUUGAAGAAAUCUGCAUACGGAGAGCUUGUUGAGAUCCAAAAGAGCCUUGAAACCCAGCUUCCCAUAUACAUGGUUCCUCAGACAUGGGCUGUGAUCAAGAAGCUCCCCAUGCUUGUUUCUGGUAAACUUGACAGGAAAAAGAUUACGUUCUGGCUCGAAAACAUCGAGGAAGAACUGUACGAACGGAUCAUGCAGGACUACGAUAAGAUCAAACGGAGUCAGGUUGAGCCAAGUACUAAAGAAGACAGGGGUGCUGUUGCAGACGCUCUUCAGGACAUCUUUGCGCAAGUCCUUAAUGUCCCAUCCCACAAGGUCGACCUCAAUCGAUCAUUCGUGAGCUUGGGUGGCGAUAGUAUUACGGGAAUGUCUGUCGUUUCUCGUGCUCGCAAGCAAGGCUUCAAAUUGGCACUCAAUGAUGUCCUCCAAAGCAAUUCGAUAACUGAGCUUGCUAAGAAAGCUGGUGCUCCAGCCCCAGUUGUUAACAACAAAGAAAAAACUGGUGAAUACUUUGGACUUUCGCCUAUCCAAGACCUGUACUGCAAAUAUUCCAGUUCUUUCAAGGGUGUUGGUCGCUUUAACCAAAGCAUGACACUGCGCGUCACUCGGAAUAUCGAAUCGGAAACUGUGAGAACCGCCAUCAAGGCUGUUGUCAACCAGCAUUCCAUGUUCAGAGCUCGGUUCAGCAAAUCCAAGGAUGGCAAGUGGCGACAGAAGAUCACAAAUGAUGUGGAAUCCUCUUACCAAUUCCGUGUACACUCAGUCAAUGACUCGCAAGAGAUCGUCCAACAUAUUGCGGAGAGCCAGUGGUGCCUGGACAUUAUGAAGGGACCAGUAUUUGCCGCUGAUUUCUUCAACAUUCCCGGACAGGACCAGGUUCUCUUCCUAGUCGCCAACCACUUGUGUGUUGACAUGGUUUCCUGGCGCAUUGCCUUGCAAGAUAUUCAGGAUGUUAUCGAAACAGGUUCACUCUCUCCUGAAAAGCCAUUGUCUUUCCAGAGAUGGAGCGAACUACAAUUAGAGGACAGCAAGAAGGAAGAAAGCAGAGGCCAGUUGCCCUUCAAGGUCGAAGCCCCCAAUUUGAAAUAUUGGGGCAUGGAAGGUGCACGAAAUGUCUAUGGCAAUAUCAAGAUCGACAGCUUCACAUUGGAUGAACAAGCCACUUCUUUCAUCCUUGGAUGCUGCCACGAGACCUUCCGAACCGAGACUAUAGAAGUUUUGUUGACGGCCAUCAUCCAUUCCUUCCGUUGUGUAUUCACUGACCGGAAGGUCCCAACCAUAUACAAUGAAGGCCAUGGCCGAGAGGUUUGGGAUUCUAACAUCGACCUUUCAAGAACGGUUGGUUGGUUUACGACUGUUUGCCCCUUCAAUGUGGAUGAAGAUUCAGUUGACAUCUUCGACACCCUGAAACGCGUCAAGGAUACGAGACGCAAAAUUUCCGACAAUGGCCGGUCUCACUUUGCCCACAGUCUUCUUAACCCUAAGAGCCAAAACUCUUCAGACUUCCCCGUUCCAUUUGAAGCUGUUUUCAACUAUCUUGGUCGACUCCAACAACUUGAACGAGAUGACUCCCUGUUCCAGCAUUUCGGGGCUCCUUUCAGUGGAAAGGACUUUGAAUCUGCGGGAGACAUGGGUGCGGACACUAUCCGAUUUGCUCUUCUGGAGAUUUCCGCCAUUGUGAUCAAAGAAAAGCUGCACGUUUCUUUCACAUACAACAAAAAUAUGCAGCGACAAGGACAAAUAAACCAAUGGAUCUCGGAAUGCAAGCGAAUUCUCGAGCAGGACAUGCUGUGCGUUAAGGAUGUCGUGCCUGAGCCCACGCUGAGCGACUAUCCCUUGUUGCCAAUUACCUAUGACGGCUUGAGAACGCUUGUGAGAAACACGUUCCCCAAGGUCGGAAUAGAGAGCAAGAACCAGGUCGAAGAUAUUUACCCUUGCUCCCCAAUGCAAGAAGGUAUCCUGCUCAGUCAAAUCAGAGAGCCAGGCGCAUACAUGUUCCACAUCAUCCUGGAAGUAAAGAGCAAUGCCGGCAAACUUGACCCAAAACGGCUCCGAGCGGCUUGGGGCAUGGUUGUUGCCAGACACCCAAUUCUGAGAACUGUUUUCAUUGACAGUAAUUACAAGGGUGGAUCGUUCGAUCAGCUAGUCAUCAAGGACCUCAAGGACAACGUCCUCGAAUUCGGAUGCGGUGAUUUGGGAGCUCUUGGUAAACUUGAGGCUGUUAAGCUCCGCGAGAUCAACGCCCAAAAAGUGUCUAAGCUCCCUCAACAAGUGACAAUCUGCAAGACCACUUCCGGCAAGGUCUUCGUUAAGAUAGAAAUGAACCAUGCCAUCGUCGAUGGUGGAUCUGUCGACCUCCUCUUGAGAGAUUGGACCCUCGCAUACAACGGUCAGCUCCCUGAGGAACCAGGGCCAUUGUUCAGUGAUUACAUCAAAUACAUCGGCAACCUCAAUGAGAGGGAGGCCCUAUCACACUGGACGAAAUACCUCCGAGGAGUCCGUCCUUGCCAUUUAACAUUCCCUGAUGAGACCAAGAGUAUUCGUCAACAGAAAUCGGUAAUGAUGGCCUUUAAUCGCUUCCCUGAACUCCAGAAGUUUUGCGAGAAGACUUCCGUUACUCUCGCAAACCUGACCUUGUCUGCUUGGGCCAUUGUUCUCCGAGCUUUCACAGGCUCGAAUGAUAUUUGCUUUGGCUAUCCUUCAACUGGCCGUGAUUCUCCCGUUCCUGGCAUCCAGGAUGCGGUUGGAAUUUUCAUCAACAUGCUCUGCUGCAGAGUCAAAUUCACAGCCGGUCAAACCAUUGCCGAUAUCUCAAAGAUGGUCCAAGAUGACUACAUCCGAGGUCUUUCACACCAAAGCUGUUCCCUCGCUGCCAUUCAGCACAAUCUUGGUUGCCAAGGACAGACACUCUUCAACACAACAAUUUCGAUCCAGAACAGAUCGGCUUCCGGUAGCCCGAAAGAUGAAUCAAUUUCAUUCGACGUGACAAAGGCAUUCGACCCGACUGAGUACCCAAUGACCGUGAACGUCGAGACUGGCCGUAACCGUGAAGGCGUUCUGCUGAGAUAUUGGACCGACUCCGUGUCUGAUCAACAAGCCAAAGAUCUAGCAGAUUCUAUUGCCCGGGUAUUCACUUCCUUCAUCGAGAAACCUUCGACACUAGUUUCACAAUUGGAGCUCAGCGGUGGAGCACAAAGCAACGCAGUUCUGCCUAUGGAUGGACUUGCUUUGGACAACGAUACAUUCAAUAAGCUCAUCGAAAAUCGCGUCUAUGAAGUCAUUGGCCAAAUGCUUAGAGAUGGAAAACUCGCUCUUCCUUCUGCUGACAACACCGAAUCCAACGACGUUGUUAAUGACUUGGUUCAAGUGAAGAACAUGUCUCAGCAGAGAGAUCUAACAGACUCUACACUCACGCUUACCGCUGGGAAUAAGAAGUCAGCUGAGUAUGAAGGCAAACUAUGGGCGCUUUGGAGCUCAGCGUUGGGGCUGUCAUCAGAAAAGAUCAACCGCCAAGGUAGCUUCUUCAAGUUAGGUGGUGACAGUAUAACAGCCAUGAAAAUGGUUGGUGCCGCACGAGAGGAGGGACUGGGAUUGACCGUGGCGGAUGUCUUCAAUAGUCCAGUUUUCGAGGAUAUGUUGGAGAUUGUCUGUGCAGCCGCCAGUUCGUCGUCUUCGGACACCGAAGUUCAAAGCCAACCCGACCAGGCUGACAGCGCUGACGAAUCUGACACUGCAGAGAACGAAAAGAUCGCCCAUAACGAAGGUUUGUUGGCAGAGUCGGUCCGCAGUCGGAGUAUUUCGGUUGUGAAACCAGUGGGACUUGACGAUGCAUCGCUGCAACUUGGUAUUUGCCCUAAAAUCGGCGUUUUCCGAGGUGGCAUCGCGGAUGUUCUCCCUGUCACAGACUUCCAGGCCCUUUCCCUUACUGCUACUCUUUUCAAGUCAAGGUGGAUGCUCAACUACUUCUUCCUUGAGGGUUCAGGGCCCCUGGAUAUGAAGCGCCUAAGAGAAAGCUUCGUGCGAUUGGUCGAUACCUUCGACAUUCUUCGAACUGUCUUUGUGUGUUUCCAUGGUCAAUUCUUCCAAGUGGUUCUCAGGAAGAUCAAACCUACAAUUGUUGUUGAUGAAACGGACAAGACUCUGGAUGAAUACACCGAAGCCUUGCAACAGCGUGAUCGCCAGGAAGAUCCUCGCCAGGGCGAGCAAUACGUGCAGUUUUAUGUUGUGAAGCAGAAGAAGACUGAUAAACAUCGGAUUUUGAUUCGUCUGUCCCAUGCUCAAUUUGAUGGAGUGUGCUUGGCUAAGAUCAUGUCUGCUAUCAAGUUGGGAUAUGAAGGCAGAUCCCUUCCUCCAAUCUCAUCCUUUGCCAAUUACAUGCGACUUCUACCAGGCACCAUCACCCCCGAACACUAUGACCACUGGACAUCACUUCUCCAGGGCUGCAAGAUGACAGAGCUCAUCCGAAGACCAGUUGCCAACACCUUCCAGCAUAUCGGUUCUUACGCAGAGGCGAGGAAGAUGGUCGAGAUCCCCACUAAUGCCCUUGGAAAUAUCACUAUCGCCACUGUUAUGCAGGCAGCCUGGGCAAUGACAUUGGCCAAGCUCUCUGCUCAAUCUGAUGUUGUAUUCGGACUCACUAUAAGUGGUCGUAAUGCUACAGUUCCCGGUGUGGAAGCCACUAUCGGACCAUGUGUCAACUCUGUUCCUGUCAGAGUCAAUUUCGGAGAGCGAUGGACUGGACUCGAUCUGUGCCGUUAUGUCCAGGACCAACGGGUUGCCAGUAUGCCCUUCGAAUCUCUAGGAUUCAGGGAAAUCAUCAGACAAUGCACUGACUGGCCCGAUUGGACCUAUUUCACCUCCUCUGUUUUCCACCAGAAUGUCGACUACGAGGGACAGAUUCAACUUGAGGAUGAUACAUUCAGAAUGGGAGGACUAGGAGUUAUUGAUAACUUCUCUGACUUUACCCUGGUCUCCAAGUCAAUCGAUGAGCGAAACCUUGCUGUUUCUCUCGGAUACUCCUCAAACAGUCCCAUCUCUCAGGAAUUCGCUACCAAGAUCCUCGACAUGGCCUGUGAAACCGCCCAAAGCCUGGUCGCCAACCCGAACUCUGUACUCCCAUCGCCAUCAACUCUUCGCUCCCUGCGUCCUCAGGUUGUCGACGACAUUCCCAGAAUGUCAGACCAGAUCUUCCUAUCCUCCCAAUUGAAGGACCGCAGCAUGGCAGAGCUCCUCGUCAAUUCCGAAAUCCUCGCCCAGGUGUGGCAGCAAGUCCUUCCCAACCAGAGUGCCGAUCCCCACCAGACGACCUUCCAUUUCGACGCAUCAUUCUUUGAACUGGGAGGUGACAUCUUCAACAUGGCACAGGUUGUAUGGCUUCUCGAACAGGAGGGCCUCAGGGUCCGCAUUGAAGAUCUUCUCGAGCAUUCGACCUUCUUGGGACAGCUUGCUGUCUUGGCCCUCCGCAAUGGUACCUCCAGACAGGAAAUCAGUGACAAUAAGGAGAAGACAUCUGCGUCAAUGAAGUCAUUGAAUGACAGACCAGUUACUUCCAAGUCUGAAAAUGUCAGCUCUUUGAGCAAAGCUUUCAAUUUGGCAAGAAGGAUCACAACGAGAUGGAGCACAGCUUCGCCUCGGCCAUCCACUUAAAAAAAAAAAAAAGAAAGAAAGACAGCACAUACUGCAACUGCAAUUCAUUUCCCACAUCACUCUACUGGCGAACAUGUUGAUACCUAUUUCCUGUUUAUUUUUUGGAGUUUUCAUAUCCAUUAACUUUUUGUUUAAAAAAUUCUUUAAAGAAUUAAUUAAUUCUGCUUGUGUAUAU